CUAGGCGGCAGCAAAGCACGCCGGAGUCUCCGUUCCACAGGUCUCUGCGCCACGGGGGCGCUCUAGCACAGUAUCUCUGUGGUGGAGCGUGUCGUCAUCAACAGGCGCUGUCGCUUUUUUGGGUUCAGAAAAAAGAGCGUCGGCGGCGGUUCUGGAAGCGGCUGAGCUUUUCUGUACCUGUUUGGUCUCUAUGACGAAAUGACUACACAGUACAGUAUUCUGUUCAAGCAAGAACAAGCACACGACGAUGCGAUCUGGUCGGUCGCCUGGGGCAAAAACCGAAACGACAGCUCAGAGACGGUGAUCACCGGCUCCUUGGACGACCUGGUGAAAGUCUGGAAAUGGAAUGAUGAAAAACUGGACCUCAAGUGGACUUUGGAAGGCCACCAGCUGGGGGUGGUCUCGGUGGAUAUCUGCCGCACUGGAACCAUCGCGGCUUCCAGCUCUCUGGACGCCCACAUCCGCAUUUGGGACUUGGAAACGGGCAAGCAGAUCAAGUCGAUUGACGCCGGACCUGUUGAUGCCUGGUCGCUGGCCUUCUCUCCCGACUCCCAGUACAUCGCCACAGGGAGCCACAUAGGAAAAGUCAAUAUUUUUGGCGUAGAGACAGGGAAAAAGGAACACUCCUUGGAUACCCGAGGCAAAUUUAUCCUUAGCAUUGCAUAUAGCCCAGACGGGAAAUAUUUAGCCAGCGGAGCAAUCGAUGGCAUCAUCAAUAUUUUUGACAUUGCGACCGGGAAACUUCUGCACACGCUGGAAGGCCACGCCAUGCCGAUUCGUUCCCUGACGUUUUCCCCAGACUCCCAGCUGCUUGUCACAGCCUCGGACGAUGGCUACAUCAAAAUUUAUGACGUGCAGCAUGCAAACUUGGCAGCCACGCUGAGCGGUCACGGAUCCUGGGUGUUAAACGUUGCCUUUUGCCCAGAUGACACUCAUUUUGUUUCCAGCUCAUCUGAUAAGAGCGUGAAAGUUUGGGAUGUGCCGUCGAGGACUUGCGCUCACACCUUCUUUGAUCAUCAGGACCAGGUCUGGGGCGUGCAGUAUAAUGGAAACGGAUCCAAAAUUGUAUCAGUGGGUGACGACCAGGAAAUCCACAUUUACGACUGCCCAAUUUAAGCCGCUCUACCCCAGUUGGACUUAGAAGGUGGCCCAUGGCGUUUAUAAAGGAGUGUUGCCAAACUGUCGCUGUGUUGAUUUUGGGGUUGGGGGUGUUAUUUCUCCAUCAUCCUUCAGGCCUUCCUAUCCUGAAACAACAGCAAAAAAAAAAAUCAGCUUUUACCUGUAUUCUUUUUCUGUUUUGUGAUCUUUUUUUUAAAAUACAGAAAUAAAUAACUUAACUGCC